GAAUUUCUAUUGAAUAGAAAUCAGAAGAUGUCGAAUAGUAAAUGUGUUAAACAGUUACGCAAAAAUUAUGUUAAAGAACAGCAAGAAAUGUCACAUUCGGAAAAACUACGAUUAAUAGAUGAUGAGUUGAAUGCAUUUUACAAAUAUUGUCAACAGGCUGGUUUCACAGAAGAAGAAAUGGAUAUUAUUUGUCAACCAUUGGUGGCUGCAAUGCGACGUUCUUGGCUACAGCUUGUUUUCCGUGGAACGCUUGUUCUGAUUGUCCUUGGAACUUUAGCUUGUCUAGCAGCCCAACUUGAUUUUGUUGGAACACAUUUUACUGCAAUCAGUCGUCUUUUACUUAUCAAAGUUCUUCCAAUUUGGAACUGGCAACCCUUGUACUAUGAAAAUUGUAUGAUCAAUAAUCCUUUUUAUAACGAUUACAUGAUAACAGAGGAAGACUGUGUGACUUGUGAAGCUCUAGAAACCAUUGAUCGUUUGUCAGAUGUGAGAUAUCGCAAUCUUGUUGAUAAUUAUUUGAGUAGGGAUGCACCUGCAAUUAUUACAGAUGCAAUGGACUCUUGGGCAGUUAUGAACACAGAUUAUUUUUGGUUUGAUAAUAUCACUCAUCUUUAUUUAGAAAACGAACGCUUAAUGGAAACAGUACCUUGUGCUUUAACUUCAAAUCUGAGAACUGGUUCGUCCGACUUGGCAGCAUUUUUACGUCGGGUACAUUCACCUGAAGUAGCUAAAUGGUUUGUCCACUGGCAAAAUUGUGACAUCAAUGCGGUGAAGGUGUUGAGAAAAUAUUAUCAACGCCCGUACUUUCUUUCAAGUACUGUCUCACCAGCACAUUUUAAUUGGGUCCUUAUGUCUUCGGAUUACAAUAGUCCAAGUUAUAAAAAGGUCGAACUAGAUUCGGGUCUCAUAGCUCUAGCUCAAUUACGGGGAGCUACGCAACUUCGUUUGACUCCUAUAAAUCCUUGCAAUAGUUCUUGUCCCGAACUAAUAGCAGAUUUGCAUCAGGGCGAGAUGCUUGUUUUUACUAAUUUAAUGUGGACUUUGGAAUACGCGCCGAUGAGAGGAUUAGACAACAUCGCAAUCUUGACUGAAACCGUCUGGGAGGAGGAUACAUAAACUAUAACACUUUUCUCUUUAUAUUGCGUUAGUCCAUGAUAUUCCGAAUCCAAGUAUAUAUCGCUUAAUUAAAUUAUAUGUACAUGUACUCAUUCUGCUACAGUGCAUAGUUCACAUUAAAUAAAGUAUUCUCGCUCAUCA